GUAGCUUGGGUCAGUCUAAUUUUGCAAUGUUAUGAACAACAUCGAUUCAUAACAGGUUUCCUUAAAACUUUUUCAGUUUUUUAUUAUCAGUGAGCAGUGAAUGACUUGAGUUCGGUCGCAAUCGUUAAGCAGUUUAGUUGUUCUAUAAUUCCAUGACAUUUGCAUUUUGUUAAUUCAGUGAUAAUUGUGAAAAAAGUUCAUUUUAAAAUCAGCAUUUAUCGUCAAAAAUGGAUACGACUAAACUGUUCCAAUGUUUUCGUCAACAAUAUGAAUCGCCAGCAUUAAGGACUGGACAAACAACGGUUAGUCCAUUUUUAAGCAGACCAUGGAUGUUGAAUAAUUCAGCAGCUGCUGGUGGAGGAGAUGGAAAGAAGGGAUUAAAAGGAAUUGUUGCUGGUGGCAUUACAGGAGGUCUCGAAAUCUGCAUUACCUUCCCAACAGAAUACGUCAAAACUCAAUUACAAUUGGACGAAAAAGGUGCCAAUAAGCGAUAUAAUGGCAUUUGGGAUUGUGUUCGUAAGACUGUACACGAACGUGGUGUUUUUGGGCUUUAUAGAGGAUUGAGUGUACUCGUCUAUGGCUCAAUUCCAAAAUCAGCUGUUCGAUUUGGUGGAUUCGAACAAAUCAAGCUGUAUCUUGUGGACGAGAAAGGAAACUUGAGUGGUGGUGGAAAACUUUUGGCUGGUCUUGGUGCUGGUGUUUUGGAAGCUAUUUUUGCAGUUACUCCAAUGGAAACCGUCAAGGUCAAGUUCAUUAAUGAUCAAAGAAGUGCAAAUCCUAAAUUUAAGGGAUUCUUCCACGGUGUCGGUAGUAUUGUAAAGGCUGAAGGUCUUUCUGGAGUUUAUAAGGGUGUAACUGCUACAAUUUUGAAGCAAGGAUCAAAUCAAGCCAUUCGAUUCUAUGUCAUGGAAUCACUUCGUGAAAUGUACAAAGGAAAUGAUCCAAAUAAGCAUACGCCAAAACUUGUUGUUGGAUUAUUUGGUGCUAUUGCUGGAGCAGCUUCCGUUUUCGGAAAUACUCCAAUUGAUGUCGUCAAAACUCGAAUGCAAGGCUUAGAAGCAGCUAAAUAUAAGAGUACAGUCGAUUGUGCUGUACAAAUUUGGAAAAAUGAAGGUCCAUUGGCAUUUUACAAAGGCACCGUCCCUAGAUUAUCACGUGUGUGUCUUGAUGUGGCUAUAACUUUUAUGAUUUAUGACAGCUUUAUGGAUCUUUUUAACAAGGUUUGGUAGUAAACCUUACAAUUUUUGGGGAAUGAGCUUAAUUACUGAUAUUUUGCACCGCCAUAGAAAAAAUUAUUGUAUUGAAUGUUGCACAAAAAUCAAACGAAAAUUAGUGGAUCAAAAAAAAAUGUUAUUUUUCGGAUAUCCGGAUAUCUUAUUUAGUGUGCAAUUAGGUCAUGUUUUACGGACAAAAAACUAUAUUUGAUGAUAUAUACAAAAUAGGAAAAAGGGAAUUAAGUCAAUUUAAAUUAUUUUGUGUUCAUGUUCAGUACUUUUGGGAACAUUUUAAUCAUUAUGGGCAGAGCUUUUGAAAGCUUUUUCAAAAAGCUCACAUUUUAAGUCAAAAUUAUCAAAAAGCUCACAUUUUAAGUCAAAGUUGUCAAAAAAGCUCAAAUUUUAAG